UUAUAAAUAGCCAGAUAACAAGUGCAUAUGACAUACACUCUAUUGAAAAACAUCAGUUGUGCAUAAAUCGAUUGACUAUCAUAAUAACCUAAUACACCUAUUAAAUGGAUAUUGUAUUUAAAUCAAGGCCAAGUUUAUGAAGGCAUCAUGAACGAUUAACAUGGCAUUGUUAAAUGUGUUGCCUUCGUUAAAUAAAAAAAAUAUUAUGAUUAUUAUACAUGUUGUUUAGACGCCUUCACGUUAACUAUCGAGUUGACCCCUGAUUACCAUCUAAGCGAUGUUAACAUAAACAUAGAUAUAAAUAGAAUAAGCAACUCGUGCAAUUGGAUUUUCAUAGAAAUCAACUAAUGAUGCACAAUGACAACUAAUAAUAAGAAAGAGGAGAUAAAUAUUAUCCGAAUUCUAGUCGUAAUUCAUAAACACGUUACUGCCGUUCAGAGGAAAUUAAUAGAGCACCAUAUUACAAAUAUUGGCUUAUCGUUUACACAACUGCUUAAUAAGUAUGGACAUGAACUUUACCAUUUAUGUUAUAUCAAGUAUAAAUGCUGUCAAUGUGGUCCUAUUGACAUUUUACCAAAUCAACGAGUUCUAGCUCCGAGGGAUUAUGACAUUCUUUUUGAGAAAGAUAGUUCCAGUCGCAUGGAUCGUCACGUGCCAAUACCAUCUCGUAAAUGCUGCAAUUUUGCAAAAUCUAACAUCAGUCUUAACGAUUUAGAUUUCAGUUUGCUGACAAAAAUUCUUUUACAUUGUUGUAAGGAUCUAUUCUGGCAGUGCUGCCUUGAAGAUAAACUGAUAACUUUAGAACAGUUCCUAAAUGACAACAUACACAAGAUAUAUCACAUGUGGAAAACGAAUAUAUCAUGUUCAUUAUGCGAAAAUGGGAAAGUUCCACCACCAAAGUCAUUGUGUUUAAACGAAAAUAACUGGAAUUUUCUGUUUGUGUCGAAAGAAACCCCAUUUUAUCCGUCUUCAUUUAAAGCAAAGAGUGGAAUAGUACUCAGUGAUCUUAAUCCUGACCUUGCGUUUACGCUUAUGUCAACUUUCUGUGAUGUCAUUGAAGCAAUAGAGACAUUAAGGCGCUUUCGGAACAUAUUUGCUCAUCCUAACAAUUUCAGAUUAAAAACGAGUGAAUUUGAAAAGGUAUGGUCAGCCAUAGAAAAUGCUGUUUUACUCAUAUCAGAUGUGUAUGGACAGAAAAAAGAGGCUCAAGCUGAAUUGUCGAGUGUUUGCAGUGCGUACUCAGAAUUAUCUGAUGAAGAACUAACAUCAAAAAUACAAGGACUGAUAAACAAUAAUUCCAUACAAGCACAACGUAUAGGUCAACUUGACCAAGAUGUGAGCAGCAUGAAAACUGAAAUCAGAGAAAUGAAUAAAACAAUAAGACACUUAGAACAAAGAUCAUGGCCAGAGCUUAAAGGUAAUGAGUUCCAGGUAAAGGUUACUUUAAAUGAUUCUACAACAACUAUUCGAUCGGCAAUUGUUUAUUUUUCAAAAGAUUUACCACGAAGAAACAACCUAUCAUUUGUAAACUUGAAGAAGAGUUUUUCUUGUGGUGUAAAGAGGCUUGUUAUAGGCUCAGAUUACUCCGACUUACCGGACAACUUAACUGAUGUGGAGACGGGUAUAGUUGAAGACCAGAUAACUUCAUAUAGCCACCUUUCUGGUGAAAGCGAAGAAACAAAAUCAGAUAAUGAUACUUCCGAAUUUGGUUAUAGCAGUUUGGAAGAAGACUCGCAGGAUGAUUCUGACGAUGGAGAUAAUGAUCUUUUACGCUGUGGUACUUGUGGUGAAGAGUUCAAAUCUCUAAAACGAUUUAAGCAUCAUAAAAAGUUUCACGUGAUAAAAGACCUGGAUUUGAGACGUCAAAAAGAUAUAAAUACCAGAUUAACUAUAAACGGAUUGCCAAGAAACAUAGAGGAGGAAAUUGUUAAAUACAGCGAUAAAAUUCGUUCAUUCAGAACCAGAGAUAGAUCGACUGCCAAAAUACAGAUAAUUGAUGAAACUCUCGGAAGUUUGAUUAUUUGGACGAAGAUUUCUGUUGCUGUUUUCAAAUCAAAGGACUUAUUUCUGAGAGCUCUAAAAGAAUUUUUAGACAAAACAUUUUCCUACUUUCCGUUAGAAGAUGACAAUGAUAUUGAUAUGACAGUUUCAAUACAAAUAGAUGAGGAAGAAAUAGAUGUAGACGACAUGGGUGACUUCUUUCGUUGUGGAAUUUGUUCAAAAGAAUUCUAUGCAUUAGCUGCAUUUGAGUACCAUAAAAAGAACGUAUGUGGUCGAGGGGCUUCCAAGAAACAAUCGGAAUCAUUUGCUGAAGGAGAUUUCAAUACUAUUGAUGAAAAUGAUGGAAAACGGACUUCAGGCCGGAAAUCUAAAUCUCGAAAAACCAAGGAAAGUAAUAAUGCUCAACGUAAUACAAUCAAUAUAACGAAUAAUAGAGAGAUUAAAGCUGUAAACACUCGUUAUGAUUUGCCGAAAGAUACGUCUAGUAUACAGCCAUUAAGAAAUCCCCUUAAUGAGCAACGUUUGCAAAUGUAUCAACAUGCAGACACUAAGGUUGAUAUGAGCGCUUCUAUGUUUAAUGACCAGCUGCUGUCUAUGCAACAGGUAGCUGGAUUUGAAGAUAAUGUAACCUGUGAUGAAUCGAACACAAGCAUGGGGUAUCAUGAUAUUAAAGAGUUACAAAGGGGAAAAUGUGUACAACAAAUAACAGAUGAAAAAGUCAGUAGUGCUCAACACAAACAAGUCGAGGAAGAUGAUAGCAGUGACGACAAAUGCGAUGUCAACAUACCAGGUGUUACUGUAAAAGAUGUAUUAAAAUUCCUGAUCAGAACUUUUGGGGGUGGAUGUUCAUUCGACGAAUUUAUGAGAAGGUGUAACCUCUUCCCUAUGGAUGCCAAUAUUUGUGGUUGGUUUAAAAAACAUAAAAACAGCUUCAAUAUUUUCUGGGAUGAAGAGGAUAUUUUAUUCAUUCAACCAUACUACCCAAAUAUACAAACGUGUGCACGUUGGAAUAGCACAAAAUCACCUGGGAAGUGUGACAAUUUGGACUGUCAAGGUUUCCAUAUCUGUAUGCGCUUCGUCAAGGAUAUAUGUCGGGAUACAAAUUGUCAUUUGUCGCAUACUUUCAGCAGUCAACACAAUCUUCAACUGAAAGAUAAACUAAGUAUUUCUGAUUUCAGCGAAAAUGAUAUUAAGGUAAUCCUAAACUGUGCUUUCCCUUCAUUGUGUGUUGAUUAUAUGUACAACAACGGUUGUAAAGUAGUAGACUCAGAGAAGAAAUGUCCACAACUUCAUCUUUGCGCACACAAAUUACGUGGGGAUUGCCCAAACCCGUGUAAAUUCAAUAAAUCCCACUCUAUUGAAGAUUUACAUAAUAAAUGGUUUUUGAAAUCAUGCCACAUGGAUGAGUGUCCAGAAGAACUAAUAUUUGAAACCAUACACAUCCCUUCCAGAGAUCCCAAAGAUGAUGACGAACAAUCUAAUAGCUCUGAUUGUAGCCAAGACGAAUCUGAUAUUUACGAUUUGGAUGCUAAUAUAUAUGAAAGUAGAACAAAUAUUGGUUUCAAAUAUGAACUUCAGCAUGACUCAUUGAAAAUCGAACCAGAUCUUAACCAAGACGAAGGUGAUAUUGAUGAUGCAGAUGAUUAUACCUUUGACAGUAGUUUUCAUCGUAAAGAAUAUUCUGAAGAAACUGCACCAAGGAAACCAAAGGAUUCCGACCUUCUUCAAGGUGAAGCUGAUACUGAAAAUGCACGUGUAUGUAGUGUAGAUCGUCUCUUAGGUUUUAAAGAACGUCAAUCUCCUGUUUCGUUACGGGAUGAUAGGAAAAUAUCUCUAUUCAGCCAAGACGAACUUGCUAUUGAAGAGAGCUUUACAAGUAGUAACAAUGACGAACUUAAUGAACAACUUGCAAUUGCUCUAUCAAUAGACGAUAAUUCAUAUGAAAGUAUGUUCGGCCUUGAUGCUGAAACCAGGACUAUCGAUGAUAAAAAGGAGACAAAGAAAAUGCAUCAUCGAUUUAACAUGACUGAAAUUUCCAAAAACAUCCUUCAAUCUACCAUUAGGGAAUCCCUCGAUCUUUCAGAAACCGAAACUAAAUCUCUCCCAAGCAACUCUGUUCAUGACAAAGAAAGUCCGUCGACGCCAUUAAAACAGGAACCACACAAUCUUAGUUUACCAUUAAACGUUUUAGAUUCAUCGGUUAAACCGACCCCGAAGCCACCCUAUGUAGAUCCAUCUAGACCCUAUUAUCAAGAGAGGCGUUUGUAUUUAGUAAAAGAGCAAUCCGACAAAACAAAGAUAUGUGAAUUCGUCACAAAAGACAAGUGCACGAGACGAUAUUGCAGAUAUCAUCAUAUUCCAAGUGAAAUGCCUUAUCUCUGGCAAAUCAAUAUGUAUGGAAGAUGGUUGUCGUUUGCUGUGGUAGAGAAUGAGACGAUAGAAAAAGCAUUCUGUGAUUUGCAGGGCAUUUUUGCAACCACGGUGAAAUACUACCGUAACAUAUACAGUUGUCACAUCUGGUUUAACAAAAUGUAUGCAAUCAUCUAUGAAGUUGAGGGUCAGGCAGCAGAUAACGAAGAACAGUGUAAGAUACGACGUUUAACUACAGCAUCCUUUAUUGAAAGGGACCCGACUGUUAGCUCUUUUCUAACAAAUUGGAGGUGGUACUGGAAAAAUUAUGAAAAUCAAUGGAUUAAUUACGAAAGGGAUGCAUUUUUGUUUACACUGGAAAAAAAGUAUCUCACUGAACAGAAGACAUAUAUAUUCUUCAGGGAGAACUUUACUUCAAAGUUUAAAAUAGACUUCCUGAAAAUGACUCAGGUUAACCUUGAUACAGGCAAAGUCAGAGACAUCAUUCGACGCCCUCUGUUCGUAUCAAGAUAUGAUGUGCAGCAGGAUAAGUUUCCAGAAAAUAUUCCACUCCCUACAGUAAUGCAUGCACCAAAACCACCACAUUUCUACAGUUGGGAUUAUUCUAAUGACUUUGAGUUCGUAGAACUUGACACGAAGGAGGAAGAAUACAGAGAGGUGUUUACCUCAUUGCAGGAGUCUAUGAGUUCUUCUCGGUUUGAGUUCAGCAUAAUAUAUAGAAUUCAGAAUCGUAAAUUAUGGAGUGAAUUUGAGACAAAGAAGAAGCUAAUGUUAGCUGACGUUGAACAAGAUGGUAGAAGUCGUGAUAUUGGAGAAAGACAUUUAUUCCAUGGUACUGAUUCAUUGGAAACCUGUUAUGGUAUCUGCACAAAUAAUUUCGACUUCAGAACCAGUGGUCGCAAUGCAACCAUGUAUGGCCAAGGCUCAUAUUUUGCCGUCGAUGCAGAAUAUAGUCAUAGUUACACAAAAGCAAAUACAUCUUCGGAUAAUCGUAUUAUGUUUAGAUCCAAAGUCCUUGUCGGUCAAUUCACAAAAGGUGACCCUUCUCUUCGACGGCCUCCGGAAAUUCCUGGUCAGUUUCACAAGUUAUACGAUUCAUGCGUUGAUGAUGUACAAAAUCCACAGAUUUUCGUAGUGUUCGACAGGAACCAAUGUUAUCCGGAGUACCUGAUCAUGUACAAAGACAGAGAAACAAUAAGUCAAACAAGCAGCCAUUCCGUGACUCAUCCACUUUCUGAAGAAAAAGUGUCUUCAUCACAGGAAGGGGAUUCACGAGAGGGUCAAUCUAUUCCAGGAAGUAAAAGCUCUUCGGAAAAAUCAAAAACUGCUAUAAGGAAACCAAAAUCGGUUUCUAAGCACCUUUAAAUUAACAUUGAAAGAGAACGUGAGAGAUAAUAUACAACUUGUGAUAAAAUAGAUUUUAUCGAGCAUACAAAACUUGCACUGUGUGAAAUGUUACAUUAUAUUGAACAUUGUAAAUUGAAUUUAUUUUCCAAUAAUUUCUGUACAUAGCGUAAACGUAUUUAUACUUUCUUACAUUCUCAACAAAUAUAACUACUCGUAUAUACCACUAUCUUUGAAUAAUUCAUAGUCCAGCACAUCUUAACUUAGUUCUACAAGUUACUCUAUAAUAUUUGGAUUCCUUUAAAAGAGAACAGAUUCUGAAAUGUUUUAUCAAUAUAAAAUUACUGUAUCAGCA